CGCACGCAGGCACAUCCUCCCUCUCCCUCGCUCCCUCUUUUUCUUUCACUUUUGCCUGCCUUGCCACCUUUUAAAAUGUUGCCCCUUCCCUGUGAUUCGCCAGCCGCGGCGCCGCGGCCCCCCGCGCGCUCGCCAGCUCCCUCGCCCGCCCGCUUUUUGUCUCGCGCGCGCCCUCGCCCCACCUCCGAUUUGCUACACUGAGGCGCCGUCAAUGGACUGCAUUGAGAGCCGGCUCCGGCGCGAGUGGCCUCGCCGCUUCACGCUGCAUUUCCAGGCAUUCUUCCCUUAUUAAGUAUUCGUGUCAUAUUAAUAGUCAUGAAUAUCUGCUAUUAGGAGGCUCCAGGAACGCUGCCCGGCGCGGGUAUUAGAAGCUCCAGCGAAGCCGCCGCUGAGAGGGGGAGACACGGAUUAAGGCACACGCAUGCACACACACAUUCACACACACUUUCUUUUUUCUCUUUUUCUCCGUAUUUGGGGUUGCUAAUUUUAAAAAGAACUCUGAAUCCGAACAUAUCGCGCCAGGAUAGAGACCGUGUGUUCGACCAACUGAAGGCACCGCGCGAAUCGGUGGUUCAAGUUCGGAUGGAGCCGAGCGGGGCGCCCGCGCCCGGCAGAGCCUCGGCGCGGUGACUCGAGUCCUGGGUGGCGCGGGGCUCGCGGCGCCUUUUGUGUGGGGCUCGCUCGGGCGGCGGGGCAGCCCGGCUCUCCAGCCUUGCUGGGUUUUUUCCACCCUGACUCGUUACCCCAGACUCUUCGCAGAUGUUAGUUCACAGUUUUUCAGCUAUGGACCGUCACGACGGCACCAGCAACGGGACAGCACGGUUGCCCCAGCUGGGCACUGUAGGUCAAUCUCCCUACACAAGCGCCCCGCCGCUGUCCCACACCCCCAAUGCCGACUUCCAGCCCCCCUACUUCCCCCCGCCCUACCAACCCAUCUAUCCCCAGUCGCAAGAUCCUUAUUCCCACGUCAACGACCCCUACAGCCUGAACCCCCUGCACGCUCAGCCGCAACCGCAGCACCCAGGUUGGCCCGGCCAGAGGCAGAGCCAGGAGUCUGGCCUCCUGCACACGCACCGGGGGCUGCCCCACCAGCUGUCGGGCCUGGAUCCUCGCAGGGAUUACCGGCGGCACGAGGAUCUCCUGCACGGCCCACACGGACUCGGCUCAGGACUAGGCGACCUCCCGAUCCACUCCUUACCUCACGCCAUCGAGGACGUCCCGCAUGUAGAAGACCCGGGUAUUAACAUCCCAGAUCAAACUGUAAUUAAGAAAGGCCCUGUGUCCCUGUCCAAGUCAAACAGCAACGCCGUCUCCGCUAUCCCUAUUAACAAGGACAACCUCUUUGGCGGAGUAGUGAACCCCAACGAAGUCUUCUGUUCAGUUCCGGGUCGCCUUUCGCUCCUCAGCUCCACCUCGAAGUACAAGGUCACGGUGGCGGAAGUACAGCGGCGCCUCUCUCCGCCUGAGUGUCUCAACGCGUCGCUGCUGGGAGGAGUACUCCGGAGGGCGAAGUCUAAAAAUGGAGGAAGAUCUUUAAGAGAAAAACUGGACAAAAUAGGAUUAAACCUGCCGGCAGGGAGACGUAAAGCUGCCAACGUCACUCUGCUCACAUCACUAGUGGAGGGAGAAGCCGUCCACCUAGCCAGGGACUUUGGGUACGUGUGUGAAACAGAAUUUCCUGCCAAAGCAGUAGCUGAAUUUCUCAACCGGCAACAUUCCGAUCCCAAUGAGCAAGUGACAAGAAAAAACAUGCUCCUGGCUACAAAACAGAUAUGCAAAGAGUUCACCGACCUGCUGGCUCAGGAUCGAUCUCCCCUGGGGAACUCCCGGCCCAACCCCAUCCUGGAGCCGGGCAUCCAGAGCUGCUUGACCCACUUCAACCUCAUCUCCCAUGGCUUCGGCAGUCCGGCAGUGUGCGCCGCCGUCACAGCCCUGCAGAACUAUCUCACCGAGGCCCUCAAGGCCAUGGACAAAAUGUACCUCAGCAACAACCCCAACAGCCACACGGACAACAGCGCCAAAAGCAGUGACAAAGAGGAGAAGCAUAGAAAGUGAGGCGUGCAUCCUGCCCUGCCCUCUCCCUCUCACACCUCACCAGCCCUCAGUACCCACCUGCCCUCUCCUGCCCCCACAGCCCACCCCCUGCAGGCGACAGCUCCGGGAACCCCUCUCCUGCUGCUGCUAUUGCUGCUGCCGCUACCACCCUUCGCCCUCGGUCCUCCCAAGUCCCCGAGAGGGGCAGCCACUGCUGACUCAGCCCCUCUGCCUCAACUUCCCCUUUGGCACCAAACCCCCUUGCCCUCAUAUGGAGCCUAAGAGAACAGAACAGGCCGUGAAGCCAGCAAAGAAAAGUUCUGUCAGUUUGUGAACUUUUUUUAAAAAAACAAAUCAACAGCAACAGACAACAACAACAAAAAAUAAAUAAAAACUUUUUUUCUAAAAAAAGAACAUAAAAAUUAAAAAAAAAAUUAUAUGAGCUUCAUGGGACUGAAUCACCAUCUUUCCUUACAUACUUCAGUUCAGAUUGUAGCCAUACUUAAAAAAAAAAAAAAGGCAAAAAGGAUAAUGACAUUUUUAUCAGUAUUGUGAAUAAACUUGAACACAAAAUACACGAAGUUCCAUGUCAUAUCUUCAGUUGUAGAAGUUUUUCCUCUUCAAGGUAAAGCGACCAACUUGAACUUUCUCUGACAACACGAUUCACGGUUAUAUAAGGGAAUCAGUGUUCAUGUCUCUGUAUAUAUUUAUUUAUGUGUAAUUUAAUGGGAAUUGUAAAUAUGGUGAGUCUGUUUUAAGCCUUCCCCCCCUUUUUUUAAUUUAUCUGGUGAUCUCGUUUACCUCUUGUUUAGUGGGUUUUGAAUCUUCCCUAUUAGUUUUUCAUGUGGUUCAUAGUACUUAUUUAGAAAUCCAAGGUUUGGGGGAUUUUUUUCUCUGGGAUUCAUGAAUUUAGCCCUGUUGUAGCAUGUUAAAGGCAACAAUGAAACAGCUGAACAAAUUAUAAAAAAGUAAAAUAAAAUUUUAUAUAAUUAGUAUUACAUUUAGCUUUUUUCAUUGGACUGAAAGGAAAAAGAAGUGAUAUUGGAUCCUGCAAAGAUUUUUAAAACUUGAGUGGUUUUAUAACCCUUUUAUGUAUUGUGGGGAGAAGAAAAAAGUUUAUUUUAUUCUACUGUCCUCCCUUAAAAGCAUCAUUUGAGCAAUAAAUGGAUAUUGUCUUUAAACCAAGGGUUAGGGAUUUUUCCUUCUCUCUCUCUCUCUCUUUCUCUCUUUUUGUUCAAAGAACUUCAAACAUUUGGGACCACCUGGUAUUCUGUAUUUUCACUGGCCAUAUUGGAAGCAAUUCUAGUUGUAUUGUAUUGAGUUGUGCUGGCAGUAGUUUCCAUGCCUGUCAAUGUAUCAUAGUCCUUUGUUGCCCAGAUAAAUAAAUAUUUGAUACGCUUUAUGUCGAUUUUUUUUUUUAUUCAGUGGCUGUCUUUACCCAGGCGUAUUUUUGUUCUUGGCAGUAUUUUUUAUUCAGUAUGGUUACAGUAAUUGAGUUUAACUCUCCCUUGGCAAUUGCUCCUUGCAAUAAGCAGCUGAACCCAUUGUUUCCCUCAAGUAUAAUAAAAACUUACUUUCAACUUGGAGUUCAGAGCAGGGUAUCAUUUAGAUAUUCCACUGAGUCUGUAUUCAGACAAAUGACACAAUAAAACCCAAUGUAUUCUUUUGGAUAAAAGAUUGUUUGUACUGCUAAAGGAAUGACAUACUACCUUUUCCUUACUAGAAACAUUAAUUUUAUUAUUAAAAAUAAAGUUUUAUUUUAUUUA